AUGGGGCCCUCGCCUUUGUCCCUGAACGGCCAAUACCCUCUCCUCUCUCCCCUCACCACAGCCCGGCCUACAAAUACCACCCCAGCUGAGCAACCACACCAUACAUGCUUGCAACAAAGCUUGUGUUGUGCAACAACAGCAGCCCAGACAUCUACUAGCUCCAGAGACCAGAGUAAGAAGCCUGACACGCUGGUUAAGUCAGUUCGUUACUCAAGACUCUUUGCAACAAGCGCGACUGCCAGUCAUCACGAUCGUGCCUCUUCACAGGGAGCAAGCGCGACUGCCACUUCACAUCUUUCUCCAGGCGGCGAAGAUGUCGGUGGCGGUGUGCCGUGGCCCAGUUGUUCCGGCCUUCGAGGCGCCCUGCUGGCUGCGCCCUGUCGAGCCGUACAAGCAGCGGAGGUCGUCGUCGACGACCGGCCUGCGCAGGUCGACAUAUGGAACGUCAUCCAGGCCGACGUCGACAAGGUGGCGCCCGCCGGCGCUAAGAAGGCGUCCAAGCCGUACGUGCACCCGCUCGUGCGCCGGUCGUCGAGCCUGAUGAGCCAGAAGAGCCUCGAGGUCUGCACGGAGAGCCUCGGCAACGAGACCAGCUCUGGCGACUUCACGUCGUCCCUGGACAUGGCCAGCCUAUUCGACUCGCCGCUGCCGCAGCACCGGAGGAGUCCUUCUGGCAGCACGACGCGGCUCGCUGCUGCGAGGAGGAGCAGUGGGAAAGCAAGGAUCUCGCGGCGGUGA